AUGUCUAGCGUGGCAGAAUUAAUAACUCUCAUCUCGUUUUUCUGUGUUUUAUUUAAUUCGACUUCAGCAAAUACUUUAGGGACAAACAAGGCAGAAAUAAGUGAUAUGAGUUCGAAUGGCGGGAGUGAGAUCUCAAAUGGAUUGCCUCUGAGAUCAUAUGGGGAUGCCACCGGUAGACGUUCUCUCGGAAAUUAUCAUAAUGUGCGGCCUCUAUACGGUCUCGGUCCGCAAAUGUUGCAAACAUCACGGUCUAAAGUACCUUUCGAACUGGAUUUGUUGGAAAAUGAGGACAGCAGUCGAUCCAAGCGUUUUGACGACUAUGGUCAUAUGCGGUUCGGAAAACGAGGUGAUGAGGAGCAAUUCGACGAUUACGGUCACAUGCGUUUUGGUAGAAGUACAUAUUCAUAAACUAAGAUCAUAAAAAUC